CGUGCACCAAGAUGGAGCCACAAAGGUGCUCUGCUUGACCCGCAUGUUUUCACCCGAUCGGCUCGCGGACGAUGUGUAUUACCGCAACUUUUGCUGGUGGAUGACGGUAGAAGGGCGGAGACACGGUGGUAAGCUGGUGAGAGCCGUGGUCCCACGGCCUGACCCCGGCGGCGCUCCGGUCGCCGGAGUUGGCAAGGUGUUUCUCGAGUACGCGGAUCUCGACAGCUCAACACAUUCAAAGACGAUGUUGCACAUGACGUGGUUUCGCGGGAGGCAGGUGAUUGCCGUGUUUUACCCCGAGGACAAGUUUGCUGAUGGGAACUACGACGGAUAAAACGUGAUUAUUCCCCUGUGUGUGGCUUUUACGCUCGAUAUGCUGUCAAUGACAUUGAGCUAUGGGCUCGCCGGUUUUGCUCUUCUCACGAUAGAACAGAGGCUCUCCACUCCUGGACGAAUUUCCUAAUUUCCCGCCUAAGCGGGCCGUAAUCUAGUUGUAUUCAUGUUUUCUUUCUGUUCCCCAUCUUGUAACCUGCUGCUGAUGGCCUCGGCCUAACAUUAUGUAUGGCUGCCCAGCCUCUUCGAGUUGGCAAUAUAAAAAAUGGCGAGGAGCCUGUGGACAUACACUUGAGUCUAUCAACUAAGCCACAAAUUUAUCAGUACGAAUGGCUCUGCAGCUAAAAUGACAGACUCUUGAGCUAAACCAGUUUCAUCAAGGUCACAUAAAGAAAGUUGACAUAUUUUUUCAAGGCAGCGAAAGUACAGAUAUUUG